GAGUUUGCAAUCAAACUUGGUUAUUCCAACCAAGUCAUAGACCAGGCCGUUCAAAAGCUUGGCUCAAACGUGACUCAAAAUACACUGCUAAAUGAGCUUCUGAAGCAAACAGCUUCGUUACCUUACCAAAUAUCAGCAAGAGAAGUUGUUGCUAGAGGUGCCCCAAACGCAUCGAGUAUUAUGAGAUCAGGCUAUGAAAACCCUCCAGAUCACAUGGUUCGAGCCCCAAUUCAUCCUCAUUGGGACAGAGAGCCAUCACCUGGUCCAUCCAUGCCUUACAACAGGAGAGAUGGUAUUACCAAAGGCAUGCCUGAUCCAGUGUCAAGACUUGAUGAACAAGAACAGUUGAUGUACCAGCAAAUUGUUGGGGCUAAAAAGGCCUCAGUUAGUGCAUCCUCAAACUUGAGACCAAUAGUUAUUGAUGGAAGCAAUGUGGCAAUGAGGUGAGUGUAUGUAUCUGUUAUGUAACAAUCAUUUUCUUUUAGUGUCCAACUUGGAGUACAGUUCUCUUUAAACAAGAGAAUAAAGGUGUACUGCUCACUAGUUUUUAUUUGAAAGGUCACAAAUCAGGAUUUCUACUCCCCAUUAAGAGUUAAAAACACCUCAAUUUUUGUUUUAUUACAAUGUUGAUCAAUUUAUUAUUGCAUCUACACACUUCGUUAUGAGUGGUCGAAAAUUGUGAAAAUAUAAUGUCUUUUAGUAAAAUACAAAUAGUGGUCUAUCAUCAAUGCUGCAUUCUGAUUGGUUGAGUUACUACUAGGCUAUAUGUUAUAGCCCACUAGUAGCGAAAAGCGCUGGCUUUUUGGUGGCAAAAAAGGAGUAAAGUGUAGCCUAGCUUGUUUUGUCUCGAUGUUUUUGACCAACUAGUUGGAUUUUACUAAAACAAUUAUUGCUCUCGCCCUCAUGGCUUCUGAGUCAAUAGCCCAUUCGGCCUUUGGCCUCAUGGGCUAUUGACUCACAGCCCAUUCAGGCUUGAGGAAUAGUUGUUAAUUAUUUACAUGUUAUAAAAAAGUUAUAAAUUAUCUUAUGAGAAUUUUAUCCCCUUCUGGCACUUUUUUACUUUGAAUCAAACUUGUGUUGCUGUGAUCUCAUUUUUUUACUGUUGUUACAUGUACAUGUUUAUUGUAGUGGAGAUGAAAUUGUGAAGUGUGACCAUAAAAAUGAAAGCUAAUGAAUAAUUCCUUCCUUUUUUUAUUGUUUGUUUCUCACUUCGUGUCUUUUUUGGAAAAUUCUAUUCUUUGGCAUUCUGUUCUUGAUCCCAUAGAUAUUAACAUUUUUAGAACCAUGAUUAAUAGAAACCACACUUGCAACCAAUCAGCAUUCAACAACUGUGUUUAUUUAAGAACCUAUUGGCAGCCCAUUUUUUACUCUAAGGGCAAACUGCCAUCUUUGGGUUAAUCUGCAUCUCAAGUCUAGAAGACAACCAUUAAAGCAUCAAGUUUUGUCUCAUUAAUUCAAGACAGAAUGCUGAUCUGAUAUGACUUUAAGUCAUUGUUAAGCUCAUCAAAGUUAUAAGGGAUUUCAAAAAUUCAUGCCUUGUCUAGACCAGAACUGAUGAUUCUAGUUCAAUCAAGAGUAAUGCUUAAUGUUUUGAAUACUGCACCAGAGCCCCUUUCUACAUACAUUUUGAGCUGUAUGAGUUGGUUUUUUGGAUCACCUCACUAAUGUAAUUUUUCAUUUUUUUUUUGCAGUCAUGGACGCCAACGUAUAUACUCUUGCAGAGGUAUACAACUUUGUGUAGAUUGGUUUAGAGACAGGGGACACAAAGAAAUCACAGUAUUUGUGCCAUCAUGGCGAAAGGAGGCUUCCCGGCCUGAUAGUCCAAUUACAGACCAGGAAGUACUACACAAUCUGGAGCGCGAUGGUAUCCUUGUGUUCACUCCUUCAAGGAAAGUAAAUGGGUGGCGAAUUGUGUGUUAUGAUGACCGUCUCAUCACCAAGCUUGCUGCAGAGACUGAUGGAAUUGUUGUGUCAAAUGAUAACUUUAGAGACUUGACAAAAGAGAAUGCAAAGUGGAGAGAGACUAUUGAACAAAGAUUACUCAUGUACGCAUUUUUUGGGGACGUUUUUCUCGUUCCUGAUAAUCCUCUUGGGAGGCAUGGUCCUAAUCUUACAGACUUUCUUCGCAAAGGGUCCGCA